AUGAUAAAUUAAUAAGUAAACUCUACAAAAACAGAACCAGUAUAAAAUAAUUAUGAUUAAAUGAAAGGUAGUGUGUAUGUCAUAAAUAGGUCCAUUUUAAUAUUCACCAUUUACUAUAGACCAUCCAGGGUAACCUGAUGAUGAUUACUCAAUUAAAGACCCAACUGUAAAGACAUUAGAUCGAUCUAAAUUGUGUUUAUCACCAUUCAAUGUAAAUAAUGAGGUUUCUUUCUAUUUAAAAUUUUUCAGAUUUCAAAUGAAAGAAUUUCUUUCAUCUAAGAAGCAAGCAGCUUCUAAUUAUUGGCAUUCACAUAAAAAAGUUAAGAGACUACUAAAGGUUUCAAAAACGAGAAGAAACUCAAAACCAAAUUUGCAGAACUUCUCAGAGACAAAAUCAAAUUAAAUGAUAAAGUAAAGAAAUAUUCUUAUAUUUUUGACUUGGAAUAAUAAGAAAAUACACCAUUAUGUACAAUAAUCUCAAUAAUUUCAAAGUUCUUCUGUAGCCUACCUCAUAAUUACUUAAAUAUUGGAGUCUGUUUUACUUACAGAUUAUGAUAGUUCAGAUUAUUGUUGUUCCUUUAUAAAUUUCUGACAUCUUUGUGUUAUUUCUUAUCCUUAAAUUGAUAGAUGUAAUUUUAAACACUAUUUCAACAUUUGCCGUUAAUGGAGAAAUUGAGACACGAUUCAUAGCCAUAAUCAAUCAUUAUUGUAAAUCAUAAUUGAUAUUUGAUCUAGUAAAUAAUUUAUAUAUUUCAUCUCAUAGACAUUUCUCAUAACCAUAAUAUACUAUCACAACUUUUGGAGUAUUAUUAUCAAUCUACUUAGUACUAUACCAAGAUUAGUAUAAAUUUAAAAACAGAUCUAAUUGUAAAUAUCUAUGUAUGAAUUAUAGUGAAUAUAAUAUUUUUAAUAAAUUCUCGCUUUUAGCAAUUUUGAUAAUAAAAGCGAUGUUACUGGUUCACACUUUUACUUGUUUUUGGUUAUAUAAUCUACUAAUUGAUAAUGAAGAGGCCAUUUUAUAAUAGUAUUUACAUUCCUUAUAUUAUGUACUCAGCAUCAUGACCUUUAACUCUGUAUUAAUAGAUGAGAAUGAUCAUUACAGAAUAACUGUCUAUAGUAUCAUUUCACUUAUCUCUCUUAUAUUCUUUGCAUAUUUCCUAGCAAAAAUGAUUUCAAUUUUCAAGGAUGAUUAAUUAGAUUAACAAUUAAGUGAAUUUAUGUCUCAAAAUAAUUUAAAUUCAACUCUUAAAUAAAAAAUUAUAAGUCAUCUACUUUAUCAACCUAAAUAUUAUCACGAUACAUUUAUAUCCUAAUUAUCCAGUAAUCUAAAUUAAGAAUAUAAAGUUACUUAACGAGCAAAAUUAUUAACUUAAUAUUUUAAACACUUUAAUUAAAAAACAAUUUAAAAAAUAAUUGACUGUAGCUAAGAAAUUGUAUGUUAACCUAAUCAAACAAUUAUUUAAGAAGGAAUUUUAGAUGAUUGCUCAUUAUAUUUUAUUCUAGAAGGUUCUGUGUGUUUAAAAUCGAGGAAUAAUAUUAAAUUGCAAAUCUUAAAAUAAAAUAGUUCAUUUGGUGAAAUAGCCUUUUACAUUUAAAAACCAAGAAAUUUUACUAUUCAAAGUUAAGGGACUACUAGACUUUUGAAAAUAGAACGAUCAAUAUUGCUUUCAUUAUUGAGUUUCAAUGACAAAGUAUAAAUUAAUGAUGAUAUUUUAGUAACUGUUUUAUUAAUAGAGAGAUAAAAUACUAUUCAAUUAAGGAUUGCCAAUUAAAUGUGCGUGUUGUUUGAGUGAAAAUCACAUUAUUACAAGAUGUCCUUUAUUGACAUAUAAACCAAAUUAAAGUUUAAUAUUAAAAAAGUUUAUAUUUCCACAUAAGUAAAUAAGAAAAGAAUGUAAUAUCAAUUAAUAAUCGAUAGAUAAAAGAAGAACCUCAAAAGAUAUGAGAGCGUUAAAUUUUUAUUAAUGUGCAUCUUAAUAUGAAGUGGCAUUUUUAAAAUUAUUUUCAGAUCAAUUAUAGAUUUCAUAAUUUAGUCAAUCACAAUUACCCUAUGAUGAUUUAGCUAUAAGAGAUUCAUAUAUGAGUGCUAGAAGCUUAACAAAAUAAAGUAGAGAUAGAUCUGUUGUUAAAUCUACUUCAUUUAUGAAAUAACAAUCAGGUUAUGAAUAAUAAUCUCUGCCAAAUUACACUGAUAAUAUAUUGUAUUCAUAAACAUCAUUAAAAGCUCUAACUUAGAUUAAGAUAACGAAUUUCAGAUUAUAAAUGGUAGUUAAGAUAAAAAGUUUGAUGAAUUUGCAUCCUUAUUCAGAACUGACCAAUAAAAGAGAACAUUUGCAACUGCUGGAUUUGGAUCUUAGAGCUUAGCUGCCUCUAAUAAAGAUUUAACUCAAAACCUUACAUAAAAGUCUUUAAAUGUUAUUUUAGAGCAUGAAAACUCCGACAGUAUAUCAGAAUCCAAUUCAAAAUCAGUAGAAGAAGAAAAUGUUAUUGAUUCUCCUCAAGAUAAAUUUGCCAGAAAAAAUAAUGAUCCCAAAUUAACAUUUAAUUACAACUUCGAAACAUAAAUGAAUGAACUUCAAAAAUAAAAUUCAAGUCAUCCUCGGCUAUCUCGUUUAGGAUCUGGUUCUAUUCGAUAAUAAAGUUCAAGGAACAGUACAUAUAAAUAUCCUGAUUUAAAAAGUUAACGUUAAAAUUCUUCCAGAUCAUUAACUUAUAGUCCGAUUCCCUCUAAUAGUUAAUAAAAAUAAGGAAUGCCCUCUUCAAAAUAGAAUAGAAAGUCCACUUUUUCAUUUCCAUAAAAAUUAAUUUAACAAACUCGUUAAGUUGAGAUCACAAAUUUUGAUGAUAGCAGAAGUUAACAAUAAAGAGCUUCAAUUAGGAAGGUAUCUACUAAAACAGGGACAAAGAUUUCAAUUCUUCCCUCAAGUUUCUAACCAUUUAGCAAUGUGGAUGUACUGAUCUAUUAUUUAUUAAGUUACCUGUUUAUGCUAACAGUACUUUUGGGUUAAAUAAUUUUGAUGCUAUGUUUUCAUUUGAUUAUUAUUUGCCUCAUAAUAAUUAUGACAUUGCCAUUUAUAAGUAUUAAUUUUUUAAUCUUUCAAGGGCAAAUAAAUUUAGAAACAUUAAAAAGACCAAUAUUUCAAAGUACUUAACUGAUUACCAUCAAUCUAAUAUGAUUUAUUUAUUAAAAUAAAAAAGAUUGAAAAUGAUGAAAAUGUUUACAAGUUAAAAGAAAUAAGAUUGA